GUUACCGAUCAAGAAUAUCAAAUGAUAAUCGGUCAUUCACGAUUAAGACGGCGACAACAUUUAGCUAAUAAUAGGAGAGAUUGGCGAUCACGUUCCUUAACACCUUCAGGUUCUCGAUCAGAGCAUAGAUUUCGAACUUUGUCACCUGUCACUUAUCGACAUCAUAUUUUCUAA